AUGGAUUGGCUUGAUGAUACGGACAUCAACCAUUUUCUUAAGGUGUUUGUAGAUACAACAGAAGAUGCAGUGAUGGUCGGGCACCAGAAAAAGAUCCCUGAUAAAAUAAAAACAGUUGUGUGCAGCAGCUUCUACUUUGAAUCACUGCGUGUAAGAGGGAUGGACUGCAUCUCCAGAUGGCUAGAGCAUUUAGAUCUUGAGAAAGUACAGAACAUCAUAUUCCCAUUGCACAGUGACUCGCAUUGGUCUUUGUGCUUAAUCCAUCCAUCAACCAGCAUAUGUUUUGUUUUUGAUCCACUGCGGCCUGUCCAUCUCUCCCUGUCCAAUGUUCUGCUAAGCCACAGUUCAGUUAAAAUUGUGGUGUACAGCGAAUCCUGCACCCAACAGACAAAUGGGUACGACUGCGGGGUGUAUGCUCUGUACUAUGCAGGAUGCAUACUUAAAAAUAAGUAUGAAAAGAUCCACAAACCCAUCCUGCGAAAGUUUAAAAAGUACAUCCGCAGAAACAUGAAAAACGAAACCCAAAAGGCUAACUAA